AUGUGUUAUAUAACAAUACAUAUUGAUUACAAUAAGAUAAAUGAUUAUAUUAUUAUUGAUUUUGGUCAAUAUACAAAUAAUACAUAUAAUUACUUAAGUAUUGAGACAUUGUUUACAUUGGUCAAAGAAUAUAAUGUAACUAUUAGUAAUAUUGAAUAUAUGUGUUUAUCGUAUGAUUUUUGUGAUAAAAACUUUAUUAAUAAAUGGAUUUAUUAUUUGAUCAAUAUUAAUUAUGAAAUAUUGCAGGACAAACUCAGUUAUAUAUUAAUAUCAAAAAAUCCAUCAAAUAAAUGUUAUAUUGGGGAGAAAUUUCUUGAAUGUCUUAACGGUAUGUGCAUCGCUUCGUUUAAUACAAACUUCGGUCCUGUCGGAUUUGGAACAGAUUGUGAAUAUAAUAUGUCGUUGAAAAAUGCAACAUUACACGUUAAAAUUCAGAGCAUAGAUUUUCAACCAAUGCACUAUUCAAUACUUGAAUAUAUUUGCACCUCAUUUGAAUGUAAUGGAAAUUUAUCAUUUAAUAAUAUAUGGAAUAAAACAAAAAUGUUUUUCAACUUUUCAAAACGUAUAACUGACUGGUUAUUUAUUAGAAAUAAUAUGAAACAAAUACUCGAUCAUUCAUUUAACAAAAUGAAAAAGAAAAAGAAAAUUUUAUCUAAUGAUAAUUCAACAUCACUUAAUCAGUAUUCAACACCAUCUAAUGAUUAUUUUUCAUCAGUAUCAGUUGCGGCAUUAUCUUUUUCUAUUAUUGUUAUUAUUUUUAUUUCUAUUUGCUAUUGCUUUUUAUCCUACAAAAAUUCUCAACAAUAUUCACCAACAGCAACAACAAUAACUACAUAA